UCUGGGGGGGGUGGGGGUCAAGCCGAGAAGGGGAACCGUGCCAGCCGAGGCGUGCGGGCUGUUUUGGGUGUCACGAUGGGAUGUACAUUGAGCGCAGAGGAGAGAGCCGCCUUGGAGAGAAGCAAAGCGAUUGAGAAAAACCUCAAAGAGGAUGGCAUCAGCGCCGCCAAAGACGUGAAAUUACUCUUGCUGGGGGCUGGAGAAUCAGGCAAAAGCACCAUUGUGAAGCAAAUGAAGAUUAUUCAUGAAGAUGGUUUCUCGGGAGAAGACGUGAAGCAGUAUAAGCCUGUGGUCUAUAGCAACACUAUCCAAUCCCUGGCAGCUAUUGUCCGUGCCAUGGACACCUUGGGCAUUGAAUAUGGUGACAAGGAGCGAAGGGCUGAUGCCAAGAUGGUGUGUGAUGUGGUAAGUCGAAUGGAAGACACGGAGCCCUUCUCUCCGGAGCUACUCUCCGCCAUGAUGAGACUCUGGGCAGACUCCGGAAUACAGGAAUGUUUCAACCGUUCCCGAGAAUAUCAGCUUAACGACUCUGCCAAAUACUACCUAGACAGCUUAGAUCGAAUCGGAGCCGGGGACUACCAGCCCACAGAGCAAGACAUCCUCCGAACCAGGGUCAAAACCACCGGCAUUGUAGAAACCCACUUCACAUUCAAAAACCUCCACUUCAGGCUGUUUGAUGUUGGGGGCCAGAGAUCUGAACGCAAGAAGUGGAUUCACUGCUUCGAAGAUGUCACAGCAAUCAUCUUCUGUGUCGCGCUGAGCGGUUAUGACCAGGUGCUCCAUGAAGACGAAACCACGAACCGCAUGCACGAGUCUCUCAUGCUCUUCGACUCCAUCUGUAACAACAAGUUCUUCAUUGAUACCUCCAUCAUUCUCUUCCUCAACAAGAAAGAUCUAUUUGCUGAGAAGAUCAAGAAGUCACCCUUGACCAUCUGCUUCCCUGAAUACACAGGCCCUAACACCUAUGAAGAUGCAGCCGCCUAUAUCCAAGCACAAUUUGAAAGCAAAAACCGCUCACCCAACAAAGAAAUUUACUGUCACAUGACUUGUGCCACAGACACGAAUAACAUCCAGGUGGUAUUCGAUGCCGUCACUGACAUCAUCAUUGCCAACAAUCUCCGGGGAUGCGGCUUAUACUGACCUCUUGUCCUGUGUAGCAACUUAUUUGAAUGCUUCACGGAUUCUCUGUCCUGUUGGCGUUGAUCCACUGGUAGCAUGACCUUUUGGCCUUUGUAAGAAACGGCCUUUCUUUCUAAAGUCCAUGUGUAAUGUACUGAGCCCAGAAGGAUGGCUGUGUGUUUCUGUAGAAUGCCGUAGCGUUUGGUUUUAGCUGAGUCUUUACACAUUUAGAAGCCCAAUGAAAACAAAACUAAAAAGGACCCUCCCCCCAACAUUGCUCAUGUGCUCUUGUAGUUAAGAAAGGACAAAUCGUCUUCCCUUUCAGCCUCCACCCUCACCCUCCAUCUAGUCCCCAUUAUUUUAUAGAAUUUACACACUGCCCACUACCCAGCCUGGCUAGAGAGGGUACAGCAGCAGCUGCUGGCCUCAGCCUGACAUUUUCACUGGGGCGUUGGAGCUGCACUUUGGGGUGAGUUCUCAGAGCCUCAGAGGCCUUGACUCAGCUGGAGUGAAUGAAAUCCCCACAGACCACUGUUGGUCAGGCAGCGCCCUUCUCCCCUCCCUCCUCCAUUCCCAGCCUCUCCCCCUCCCCACCUCGACCUCCCCCUCCCCCUCCCCCGGGGCACGACUGAUCCCUAGAUCCCAUUCCCAAGGCAGAUAGAUGCCUGUCUGUCAUUAACCCUGCAGGUUUGUAUAGAAAAAGCACUGCGCUCACUGGCUGGUAGCUGCCAACAAGUACAUAUGUUUAUAUUUUCUCUCUCCCUAUUUUCCUCCCAUACUUUUUUAUUUUCUUAUCUGGACUUUUUUUUUGUCCCUGACAAACAUUGUGUAUCACAUGCCAAGACAGGCUUCUAAGCUCUUUAGGGAAUCUUGGGGUUUCAUUUCUUUUUAAAUUUUUAACCUUUUUUUUUAAGUUCUUAACCUUCCUAGUGAAUGCUUUUCUUUUGUGCUGUUCUUCCUUCUUCCUCCUUUGUUUUAGUGGAUUGUGUUUUCUCUCUCAUGUGGAGAUGUUUGUGCUGCAGAAACAGAACAAAAAUUAAAAACACAAAAAAAAUUUUAAAACACCACAAAACAGAAAAAAAAAUCCUACACACACAAAUUUUAAAAAAAUCGAAUGUAGUGUUUACAUCAAAGCCACCAUUUUCAUGUCCUUUGUCAUUUCUACUUUGAUUAGUAACCAAACCCCUAGACCUCUUCACAAUUUCACUUUUAAGACAACUUUUGAGACAGAACCAGUCACAGACAUUUCAAAUAAAGAGGAAGCAACCAAAACAAAAACACACAAACACACACACACAAACUUUAAAAAAAAAAAAGGAAAAAAAAAGAAAAAAAAGCCCAUGGGUCUUUCUAAGCCUUUCUAUUCCCAAUCAGUGAGGUUUCUGUGAUUAUCUUACACACUGCCAGUCUAUUUCUCUGACUAAUGGAAAAUUCAUGUGUAGCUCAAUAAAGAGAAUGUUUGUCUGUAUUCUUGAGACUAUGAUCAUUUGGUUUGGGUUUCUUCCAUUCAAGAAAGGUAAAAGAUAACUUGUUCUCUCAUUCUGGGUCUGGGAGCAGUCAAUCAAACAAGCAUUUAUUAAGCACCUACUAUUUAUCAGGAACUGUGCUAAGCACUGUGGAUCUCUCCCCUAAGAAGCUCACAUUUGAAUGAGAGAGAAACAAACAAACGUGGUCAGGAUGAAUUAGGCCUCACAGCUGCUCCCAUUCCUCUUCUUGGGUCUUAUGAAUUUGGUCUUUGGUCAGCCAUGGGUUUAAAGCAUGCAGUCACCUUCUUCCAAGUUUUCUUCCAAUGCCCGAGCACAGAGAACUUGGUACAAUAGGAAAAUCCCACCAUGCAUAGUGUGUUAUAAUGGGUAGAGUGCUGGACAUGGAACCAGAAGAAGUGAGUUUACAUCACAUCUCUGACAUGGUGUGACCCUGAACAGACCUCUUAACCUCUUCUGGUCUCACUUUCUUAUCUGUAAAAAUGGGCCUCAGUAACAGCUGUAGAAAUUAUUUCAUAUGUUUGCCACAAAGGCUUAAAUAUGAGUAAUGUUCUGCAAACUUUUAAGCACUAUACAGAUGUCAUUAUUUCCCUUUCCUCAAUCUCAUUAGACUCCACUGAUUUCUUUCUGGAUGGAUUAGGAUUUGGGGGGGGGAGGGGAGAUAACCUUUGGUCUCCUGAUAAAGCAAAACCCAGUUUCUCUCAGUCCCAACCACCACCCUCAUGCUACCUCUACCCUAAUCUGUACCACCAGCCACAGAAAGUGCUCAUAAUGAAUCUGUGAGAAGAUCCUAUUACUAACUUUGCCCACUGGCAAAGGAAGCAGGUCUGAGGAAUCUCUGACCAAGAUAAAAAGUUGAUCGCCAUGGCUCAGCUGCCUUGUUCUGAUGCCCUGCCAUCACUCUAUCAAGGUUGGUGACUUGGCCUGCAGAAACCAAACUCUGGUUAUAAACCUAUGACCCCUGGACCACUGACUGCUAAGUGUGAAAUCCCUUCAGUUGCUCAUCUAGGCCACAUGACAAGCCACAUUUACAAUGUACUUUAAGCAGUUUCCUUAUGACACACCUGAAGUCAGGAAUGCAAGCAUUCUCUCCAUUUUACAAAUGAAGAAACUGAGACUCAAAUUAGUUUAUCGAGGGCCAAAGAGCUAUUAAGAUGUGAGUCAGUGUGUGAAUCCAAGUUUUAUGAAUCCAGUGCUCUGACCAAAAUGCAUUGAAGGAAACUUCACUCUUUUGUAUGUCUUGUCAAAGAGGCAGUUUAGCGGCUAGACAUUUCAUGACUAGGAAGCCACUUUCAAGUUAAAUACCUUCCAAGGGACAUGUAGUUGAUGUGGUCCAAGCCAUAUUUGAGUUCUUGAAGCUUCUUGCUCCUUGAUACUGGUAAGAACUGUCCACUCCCCUCCUCUAAGCUAAUUCAUCCCCUUGAAAGUUGGAAUCCUUUCGAAAAUGCUAGUUUGAGGGGGUAGAACUGAGACCUAUAUUGUAGUCUGGGAAGUGCUUUGAUUGGUGAAUAUAAUAGGCCACAACAGGAUUCUACCCCUAACUGCAAAACUGAUCUUGCCAAAAAUUAAAGAGAUUUCUCCUUCCUGGCCUUAAAAUAAGAAAGUCUAAGGGAAUAACAUCAGAUGGAAAGGACAUAUAAUAAAGCAUAUAGAAUCCCCUUUUCUGGCCUUAGGCCAGACAAAUAGGCUCCUAUUUAUCAAUAACAAUAAAAACUCAGCUUAAUAGCCUGGAGGAAAUUAGUCACCAAACAUUCAUUGCCUAUUCUUAAAUCACUUCAGCAAAUCUUUUCAGUAUUUUUGAGUACCAAGUGCAGAGUCUUAUAUUAGGUGCAGUUGGGAAUAUAAUCCUCUGCCCUCAUGAAGUUGAGAUUUUGUAAGCCAGAGAUGUGAACAUACAACUGGUAUAAUGGAUUUGGCAUCAGAAGACUUGGAUUUUGAUUUCAUCUCUGCUCUUUACUACCUGUGCAGCCUUGAGCAAAUCACUUCCAUUUCUUUCACCUGUUUUCUCCUCGAUGAAAUGGAGGCAAGGCAGGGAGGAGGAGGAAGCAUAGUUGGACUCGAUGAUGUCUAAGGUCUCAUCCAGGCAUCAGUCCUAUAAGCCUGCAAACUACAGCAUGAGGUAGAGGGUAAAAGUGUUACAUCACAGUGGACUAAAGGAGAGAGAGAUCCUCUGUGCUACAGCAAUCAGGAGACAUUUGAGAUGGGCCUUGAAGGAAGGGCAGGGAUUAGAUAAGCAGUUUGGUAUUCCAGGCCCAACAAGUAGGGCAAACAAAAGCGCUGAGAUAGGAGCUCAGGCAACCUGAACCACCUCCUCCUCCUCCUCCUCCGCCUAUAAAUGGGCAGUAAGGGGGCACAGAAGCAUGAGUCACCAGUUCUGGAGGAGCUUACAUUCCAGGUGGGGAGAAAACACACACGCACACGAAACAGCAAAGAACAAUAUGUAUUAACUGCAACAUACUGUUUUUAUCAAAGAAUAGCGGGAAGUAUUGGUUAGACAGAGUGGGAGCAAGUCAUGGAGAAUCUUACAAUUCAAAUAGAAUAAAUGCAGCAAUGUUUUGGGCUCACUUCCUAAGGAAGAAGGGCUUAUGUUGGUGGGACUAUAAGUCUUCCUUUGAUAUUCUACUUCUUCACUUUAGGCUGUGGUCUUUUAGUGUUAACUCAGAAGUUCAUCCUAUUUAUUCUGAUUUGUUUCCUUCAGCUCAGAUGACAUUUCCAAUUCAAAGCCAAACCACAGAGAAAAUGGAUAAGGUCAAACUCCCCAGCAGCUUUCACUGACUCAAAGUAAAAUGGUACAUGUGAACACAGCUGAAUUCCAAAGACCUUGGGUUCAAAUGGCUUCAAACAAAAACACAUUCUAGGCAGGCGAUGCGCCUGUGCCAAUGAACUUAUCACCAGGCAAACACAAAGACAUACAAAUUCUCUCUCCCUCUGUAUAAAAGCCAUGUUCAUCUGAAGGCACUUUUUUUUUCUUUAUUGUUUAAAGCUGUAUGAUUUUAGGAGGGGAUGGGAACACCCUCUCUCCCUCCCCCAGAAAAACUGGGUACAGGGUAUAGGGAAAAAAUGACCAAAAUGAGACCUAUGAGAAGGAGAAACAGAAUUAGCCAGGGGGAAAAAAAGCUUAAAAAAGACAUGACUUAGCAAGACAUUCUAGGGAAGACAGUAAUUUACUAUUCUUUGCUUCCAAUAAAGACAGAACCAAGAGCUGGGUUCUUAAUUUCAGCAGACGGAGUUUUCAAAAAGAAUUCACCAAGUCCCUUAAGAGAAUGAGAAACUUGCAAGGGGGUCAUGUUGCAGGAAAGUGACUGCUAUAGAAGCAGGAAAAAAAAUCCACAGUGACUAUCCCUACCUAAAUUCCCAUAGCUGCUUCUCUUUCCACAUCCUUUCUCUAACAUCUAGCUCUCACAAUUUAGUUUAAGUGCUAACCCUGAGACGAAUAAAACUGAGAUUUAAAAUGAAUUCAGCAAAAAUGAAAUUAACUGUAUCUUAAACAGGAACAAAUGGUUAUUGAUGUGAGGAGUCAUAUCAGAAUCAGCUGUGUGGAAGUCGGACUAUAGACUGGUUAGAGCAAAGGCCAAAAUCAACAUCAAAUCAGAACAGGUAAAGGCUACGAACUGAAACAGCUCCAAUCUAUUCAAAGAAGCCAUUCACGAUGAAAAACAAUAAUCACAUUAUAAUUAUAUUUGGAAAUGGAAAAAUAUAAAGAUAUUAAUAUUGGACAUCAUCACUUCUAGCAAAAACCGAACUCAACCUUUUCUGAAUCUGUUUCUUCACCUUGUAAAAUGAAGGGUUUGGACUCGAUGGUCCCCAAGAUCCACUCUGGCUCUAACUCUAUGAUCUUUAUCAAAAUGAGAGAUCUGGAAGCCAAGGGCAGUUUAGAAAACAAACUCACUUAUAAACUUCAUGGAAGAGGAUUGUAAAAGAUUACUAGUAUUGCCUUAUGUAGGCAGGGGAAGUAAGUCUACAGAAUCUUGGCAUGAGAACCAAAUGACCCACAUUAUCCUAAGAAUUUAUGAAUGGAACUUGCAAAUAGUAAAUAGAAUGAAAAACAUUUGUCAACAUUUCUAUAAUGAUCUAUCCUCAUAAUCAGUUAACAUCAACAAAUUUGGGCUUUAACAUUUCAGUCCAUGAUGUUCAACAUGAGGAAACUGAAAUGGUACUCAAGGCAAAUAUUCCAGAAAAAUGGAGUCAUGAAUGAUAAUUACUAUUUUAAAAAAAAGUUUUCAGAAAAACAUCAUUAAGUAUUAACUCAUACAUCUAUUUUCUUAUCUUUAUAAAAAUCCAUGUAUAUGUACACAUCCUUGAUGAAAAUAUGAGGUCUUUCUCAGUGUUCUCUAACAGAAGUCCAUUUUUAUUGCCACAGAUCUAACAGACACCAAGGAUAUAAGAUGCCAAUGUUUGGUUACUGAUUUCAGGAAAGCAUUUGACACAAAACCAAAAAUAUCCAAGUCUCUUCUUCCACAAGGAAUCUCCCAUACAUAUCAACACCAGACAAAA